AUGUCCUAUUACAACGACUCCGACAACGAGCGCGGCGGAAACCAGGGGCCAGACUCUGGUUAUGGUGGCAAUGGGAGUUACAACGCCGAUUCCAACUCUAACCAGGAUGAUUUCCGAGGAAGCAGUGAUACCUCGGGAAGUGAUGGUCAAUUUCGGAAUAGCGACAGCUAUGGUGACCAGUCUGGAGGAUUUGGUGGCCAGAACGGUCGCAGUGACAACAACAACAACGACGACAGCUAUACCAAUCAAUCCUCGGAGAGAUCAGACAACUAUGGAGGCAACUCUGGAAGCAACCAAGGCGGAGAUUCGGGGGAUAGUGGGUUCGGAGGACUCGUGAAUCAAGCGGCGAAUUAUCUCAAGCAAAGCAGCUCCUCGAAUAACAAUGGCAGCAACAACUCCAACUCCAACUCUGCCGAUAACGUUGUGGAUUCCUUUGUCGAUAAGCAAGUGGACCAAUAUGCGCCGUCGGGAUCGGAUGGUUUUGUCAAUCAGGGCGUCAACAAUGUCAUCAACAACACGAUGAACAAGUAUCUUUGA